UGCUUUUUCUUUAAUCUGUCCCUCUCUUUUCUCUUCCUCUGCAAUUCUUACCCUCAAAGGUGUUUUUCUCUGAUUUCACGGAUGAGGGAAGACACCUCUUCUCCUCAGCCCCAUGGCUGAAAGAAAACACAUGUUCGUUUCCAAACUCUUUCUCCUCUUUUCUCCUCUACUCAUCCGUAUCUGUCUCCUCACCCCUGUGUGUGUCUGCGGUCCUGCUCGGGCUCCUCUUCUCGCUGGCCAGCCUUUCCUGGUGCUGUGGGGGGUUCCGGAUAAAGACUGUUUAGGUCGGCCGGACCCAGCUGGAUUUGGAAUGGAGUGGGAAGGCCGCGUGUCGAUUUUUUAUGAGGACACGCUAGGACUUUACCCAUAUUUCACUGCACAGGAUCGACCUGUUAACGGUGGCCUACCGCAACACAGCAGCCUUGACCGUCACCUCCAGAGGGUGGAGGCAGAUCUGACAUCCACACUACCCCAGGCCGGAGCACCCGGUCUGGGAGUGCUGUUCUGGCAGGAGUGGGCACCUCAGUGGAACAGAAAUAGAGGUAGAAAAACGAAGUACCAUGUGGAGUCAAGGGCACUACUCAGGGGAUUUUUUCCUGACUGGACAGCAGAAGAAUUGGAAAAAUGGGCUCAGGUUGACUUUGAAGCAGCAGCACAGUCCAUAUUGACUGAGACCCUGCGAGAAGUGAACAGACUCCGUCCACAGAGGUUAUGGGGCUUGACCCCAUAUCCUAACUGCUACAACUUUGACUCCACCCAAAUAGCGUUAGCCAAUUACACCGGACGGUGCCCUGCAGCAGAAAUGGCCCUGAAUGAUGAGCUGCUGUGGCUAUGGAAACGUAGUGGUGCCCUUUACCCAAUCCUUUCACUGGAGAGGCUGCCGGAGGGAACCAAGGGCGCGUGGCUUUACGCAACCAAUCAAAUCAGAGAAGCAUUACGAGUGGCAGCACUCGCAGGGACCACUUCUGAUCUUCCAGUGUUUCCAUUGAUCAAGACUUCAUACACAUCCUCUAACAACUUCCUGUCAGAAAUUGACCUGGUGAAUACAAUUGGAGAGAGUGCUGCUAUGGGUGCAUCUGGAGUUAUUAUAUGGGAAAGAGCCUUAACAGUUAAAACACAGAAAUCCUGCUCAGAGUUCAGCAUAUACGUUCGUGAGGUUCUUGGCCCAUACGCCGUCAACGUGACUACUGCCGCCCGUCUCUGCGGAGUCUCCCUGUGUCAGGGACGUGGACGUUGUGUGCGCAAGAAACCAGAGGACCCCACGUACUUGCAUCUUCCUUCACCCCACUUCCUGCUUGUGCCAAACAGGGCAGACGGCGUUCGAGCAACAGGAGAACUUCCUGCCGCUUAUGUUGACGUCUGGAAGAAGGACUUCCGCUGUCAGUGGUUUGAGGCAUUGGAAGGUGCUGCUGCAGAUCAGGAAUCAGACGGGGUGGUGGAAAAAGGACAGAAACAACCAUCAACUACAGUAAAGACCAUCACUGAGAUAAGCCUGAAUGAAAGCACGGUGGUUACCACAGUGGAAGCUCCAGUUACAGAAGUGCCUACCAGACAGCUGAUAGAUAGCGGAAGCUGUGCAAGUCAUGUACCGGUUAUGCUUCUGUCCUUGCUGGUUAUCAUCAACUUCAUACUGUUUGACGUGUCUGCAACUGGAGUGUGAUGGGAGUUUUGUUAACUCCAGUUGGCCUUGAAUUUGGGUGAUGACUUAUUGCUAAAUUUUUUGAAUGUAGAUGCUUGUAUGAAUGUCUCUGUUAAAGCGCAUUGUGUAACUUUUAAAACAAGUUUUUCUAGGCUCAUUUCAAUGACAGAAUAGCUAAAUGACAAAAUUAUCUUUUUACAGAUUAAUUCCUCUGAAUCAGUUUUAGUAAAAUAACCUUGAUAUACAAUCAGUUGAUGAUUUUAUAUAAUAUAAGACAUAAACGUGGUGAGAACUUAAUGUAUUUGAACUUUUUGGGUCGGUUUCCCAGACAAGGCUUUUUCUAGUCCCAGACUAAAAUAAUGUUUAAGAUGCCUAAAUGUAAAAACACCUUGUACUGACACAUCAGGGUGAUUCUUGCGAAAAUAGGUGUCAUGAAACAUUUUGAUAAAAAAAGUAAAUGCAAAGUAAGAGUAUCAAAAUAAGAAGCAUACAAUUACAAACAUAUCUUCAUGUACUAUUUUGCACAUGAUUUUAAAUGACAAACCAAUUUUGUUGUUUUUUCCACAUUUAAGGGGAAAAUUUUCAUUACCGCAAUGUGUCCAUGACUGGAUUUGGGUUC